AUGCGGUUUCUUCGUGUGUUACGCGGCGGGAUAAUAGCAGCAAUUGAAUUUGAGUGCGACAGCCCUGAGCUGCUGGAUCAUAUAGGAAAAGUACUGCACGGCGUCGCUGAUCGCGUUGAAACAUUCUACCAGUUCUACUCAAGCCCUGCUGCUCAAAGAUUCUCGGCAGGAAUGUAUGCCGUGAAGUGGAACGGAACUAACUUCACGGAACUGCGACAAAAAUUCUUGUCGGAGAAGUCCCUUGCUUCCAAGUUAGAGGGGAACGUGAUUAAUAAUUACGUGUCCCCGUGUCGCACUGGAGUGUUCUUCCCAGCACAUCCACAAGUGCGGCCGAUGCCGUUGAAUGACGAGCUCAAUAAUAUGAACAGCAAGGAUGCUUUCGGGAUUUGUUCAAAAUCCUACUUUCAGGGAACCAGAAGUUUCACCCCGGGUGCAUUAACAUUUCUAUGCUCCUGCUCAAAUCCUCUCAUUAUGGGAUUCAAGGUGUUGGAGAAGAAUGAAGGUCCAAGAGCAGUACUAGAUAUAAUCAUUUCCUGUUUCGCAACCUUACCGAGACACGUUAUUUAUGACUUCGCCUGUGGUCUAUACUCCGCAGCUGUGAACAACCUUUGGUGGGCUCUAGAAGAUACCACAGUGGUUUCAGACAACCUGCACGCACGGAACCACACGUGCUCACCAACCUUCACGCCUACUGCACAUGAUUCUCUCAAUAUGACGAAUACGGUAUCUCAUGAGCAAAGAAACAGUACGAUAACGCAGAUGCAAGACAGUCUCAGAGCCACCUCUCAAGAGAGUUACAUAGCAUUACUGGCUUACCAAGCCUGUUUGUUGAAUUUGAAAGCAAAGACGUUGUCUUCUCCAAACUAUGAGACAAGGUCUGAGCCAUAUCUCAACGAAAAUCACCUGGAAUGGGCCUGGUUUCAUUGUCUUGGAUGGAGCUGUCCAUGCUGCGACUGA